AUGACGAUCUAUAUCGCUUCUUUGUUUCUUCCCUAUACCGUCAAUUUCCAUGUCCAUGACUCGGAUCACCAGUGUCCCCGGCCGGCCAGUCCCCCACCUCCCCAACAACCAUCCGCCGACCCUCCGAAUCCAACCCCCAAUCCCGUCAGCCUGUUCGAGAAGGAGAAUGGCCCCCCCACGGUGGGUCUCACGCCCGGGGCCACCACCGAACAUGAGCGGAUCUUCUCGUCCACCCUCGACCGGGCGGAACAUCACGCCACCGGGUUCCCGUUCCCCAACCCGGAUGAUAACAUCCAUCGCAUGACGGAGAGCGAGGCUCAUUCGCCAGCCUGGGGGGCAACCUUGUCGUUGAACCAGCCAAGACCGCAGGCCGCGUUUUCGCCGUCGCCCUCCAUCCUCAAACACCAAGAUCCGACCACUCCGACUGUGGAGCCCCGGCCCGAGAAGCAGAAGCCGAAGCCGAAGGCCAUGGAGCCGGUGACGGUGCCGACCUACCUGACCGACCGCCGCCGGAGGGACAGCCGCAAGGUCUCCUUCUCGGACGCCGGCUGGACGAUCCAGAUCGCGGAGCAGGGCAACGGGGGACUGCGCAACGCAGUGCGGUCCGCCACCGAUGCCGGGCAGCUGGAGGACAAGGUAUGGGUGGGCACAUUGGGCAUGCCCACCGAUGCCUUGCCCCCGUACACCAAGGCCGCCAUUGAGGAGAAGCUUGAGGACGAGUACGGGUCGCUCACCGUCUACGUCCGGGACGGCGACUUUGACGGGCACUACACGCACUUCUGCAAGACCAUCCUCUGGCCCGUGUUUCACUACCAGAUUCCCGACAACCCCAAGAGCAAGGCCUACGAAGAUCACUCGUGGAUCUACUACGUCAAGGUCAACCAGGAGUUUGCGAAUCGGAUCGCCCGGAGCUGGAAGCGCGGCGAUUCCAUCUGGGUGCAGGACUAUCACCUCUUGUUGGUGCCGGCCAUGCUGCGGAAGCUGCUCCCCGACGCCCAGAUCGGCUUCUUCCUCCACAUCGCCUUCCCGUCCUCCGAGGUCUUCCGGUGUCUCGCCCCGCGCAAGGAGCUCCUCCAGGGCAUGCUCGGGGCCAACCUCAUCGGCUUCCAGACCGACGAGUACUGCCGGCACUUCCUCCAGACGUGCAGCCGGAUCCUGAACGUGGAAGCCACCAACGACGGUCUGCAGCUGGAGGAUCGAUUCGUGAACGUGGGCAAAUUUCCCAUCGGCAUCGAUCCCACCUCGUGGGACCAACGGCGCCAAGCCGCCGACGUCGACCUGUGGAUCAAGCUCAUUUCCGAGCGCUACGAGGGGAAGCGGCUGAUUGUAUCUCGCGACAAGAUCGAUCAGGUUCGCGGUAUCCGUCAGAAGCUCUUGAGCUAUGAACUAUUCCUGAACACCUAUCCGGAAUGGCGAGACCAGGUGGUGUUGAUCCAAGUGGCCACCAGUACCACAGAGCAGCCCGAGCUGGAGGCUACCAUUUCCGACAUCGCCAUGCGGAUCAACUCCACGCAUUCCAACCUCGCGCACCAGCCGCUCGUCUUCCUCAAGCAAGAUCUGGCCUUCCCCCAGUACCUGGCCCUGAUCUCGGUUGCGGAUGCUCUGAUGAUCACGAGCCUGCGCGAAGGGAUGAACCUGACGAGCCACGAGUUUGUCUACUGCCAGGAUGGCAAGUACGAAACCAAGAAGAAGUUUGGGUCUCUCAUCCUCAGCGAGUUUACGGGCAGCGCGUCCGUGUUCGGUCACCACGCACUCUUGGUCAACCCGUGGGACUACCGGCAAUGCGCGGAAGCGAUCCACACGGCCCUCUCGCGGACUGAGGAGGAGCGCCAACGCGUGUGGAUGGAGCUGCACCGGGCGGUGCUGCAAAACUCGACCGAGAACUGGGUCAAGACCUUCAGCGAGACGUUGAACCGGGUGUGGAACGAACAGUCGUCGCGGGAGAUCAUGGCGGUGCCGCGGCUGCCCGUCAACAAGCUGGAACAGAUGUACCACCGGUCGGCCUGCCGGCUCAUCAUCAUGGACUACGAAGGCACGCUGGCCUCGUGGGGGUCCCCGAAGAGCAUCAUCGUCACGACGCCCCAGCGCGCCAUCAACACGCUGGCGGAGCUGACCGAGGACCCCAAGAACAUCGUCUACGUCAUGAGCUCGCGGAUGCCGGAGGAGAUGGAGCGGCUGUUCCGGCUGGUGAGCCGGCUGGGCCUCAUCGCGGAGAACGGGUGCUUCGUGCGGGAACCGGGGGCGGAGGAGUGGUGCAGCCUGACGGACCGGGCGCAGACGGACGCCUGGAAGGAAGGGGUCAGCCACAUCCUGGCAUACUACCAGGAGCGGGCCGAGGGCAGCUGGAUCGAGCACCGGCACUGCUCCUACGUGUUCCACCACGGGUCGGCCGAGGACCAGGACAUGGCUUCGCGGCUGGCGUCGGCGUGCGCGGGCCACAUCAACGACGCGUGCGCCAGUCAAGGGGUGCACGCCAUCCCGGUGGACAACUCGCUGGUGGUGGAGCCGGCGGACACGAACAAGGCGACGGCGACGGCGCUGGUGUGGCGGUGGUGCCUGGAGCACAGCGAACGGGGGGACAUCGAGCAACGUCCGGACUUCCUGCUCGCACUGGGGGAUGGGCGCGACGACGAGCCGGUGUUCCGGUGGGCGAACAAACUGGAACGGGCGCGGUUGGUCAACUACGUGAUGACCGUGACGUUGGGGUAUCGCAGUACGGAGGCGAAAGCGUACUUGACGCAGGGUGUGGCUGAUCGGUGGACUCCAUCCGUCCUACACCUCCUGACUCUCGUCCUGUUUUUUCUUUCUCCCCCAUUCUCCUUCACUCUCGAAAACAAACUCGCAAUUGCUUUUCGAACGUCAACAAUGAGUCCCAACGCCCCCGCCGCCAAUGCCGCGUUCGAGGACGCAACGCAGAUCAAGCCUUUAGGCGGAGGGCGAUAUGAAGCCAAUCUGCAGGGCGAGUGGUGUGUCGGAGCCGUCCCCCACGGCGGCUACGCAACCUCCGUAUUCUACCGCCUCGCCCUAACGCACUUCGCGCACGCCCACGCAAAACACUACACGGAGCCCGCAACGCCCAUCUCCAUGCAACUGACCUUCCUGCGCCGCACGGGGACCGGCCCCGCCAUCCUCACAGUCGAAGACAUGAAGCUCGGCGCCCGCACGAGCACCAUCCACGCGAAGCUCUCCCAGCCCAGCCCGAAAGCGCCGCACGCCCUCGAAGUCAAAGUCGCCGGCUACAUCACCGUCAGUCCCGGCUCUGCGGAGGUGGGCAUCUCCGCGCCCACACACUGGGGGUUGCACCCUGCUGUACCGGGGGGUUCCGGAGCGGGGGGCAAGGUGAGCCUUGCGAAGCUGCGCGAGAGUGACAAUGACGGGCUGUGGACGUAUAUGCCCGUGCCGUUCUCGGAGUUCCGCCGCGCAGGCCGGCAGGUUAGGCUUUACGGGCCGGACCCGAAGAAGGCAGGGGCGCCGCAGACGGGCGUCGUGGACCAGUGGGCGCAGUUUUGUCCCGGGGGGAACCGGGGGGGAAAGUGGACGGACGCCGCGGUGGCGUUUUUGGCGGAUAUGUUUCCUGCGGCGCUGGAUCGGUUUGAUUCGAUGGCUUCGAGUGCGGAGGGUGGUGGUGACGGUGGUGGGGUUGGGGAAGGGGGCAAGAUUGCGAGGUUCUGGUAUCCGACUGUGACGUUCAACGUGGAUUUCAAGAAGCGGUUGCCGGUUGGUGGGGCGGAUUGGUUGUAUAGUCGGAUUCAUAGUAAGGUGAUGAGGGACGGGCGGACGGAUAUUGAUGUGGUUAUUCUGGAUGAGGGGGGCGAGGUGGUUGCCAUUGCUAGCCAGGUUGGGUUGGUGGUGAGUUCGAGUCGGAAUUUGGGGAAGAAGGCGAAGAUUUGA